UGGCUGAGGGGGGGGGGAGCCGAAACCGGGAAUUUUCGAGCCCUCUGGGAGCUCGUGCCUCUGUCUAAGAAUGAAGUCUUAGCUACAUUAAAAGCUGCUGUUUCUUACUCGGUUGCCAACUUUCUCCCUGUCCUCUUGGAGCAAUUAAGAAAAACGCUAGCGUAAUUACUUCCUCCUUGGUUUUGUCGUUGUUACCGACGUCGGCAGGGUUUGGGAUGGAAGACGUCAAUCCUCUCGAUAAGGAGAGACAUGAGGUGAUCACAGCGACGAGCAGCAGCAGCUUUCUCCUUGCUGGUGAGGUGUGACGCUCAUGUGGCUGAGGUCUGGGUGUAUCAGCCAGGUGCUGUCAGCUCGGGGUAGCUUGUGGCCAUGCAGUUAUAUGAAGAUGGAAUUUACAAUUAAACACACCUGGGAUGGUUUACCUGUGAGCCAUGAGCCAGUAACAAUUGGGCUGAAGUCGAACAAUGCAGGACUGCUAAUGGAAGUUAAUGCUCCCUUCUUUAAUGACCCUCCAGCACCGCUUGGAGAGCCAGGGAAACCUUUUAGUAGACUGUGGGACUAUGAGGUUGUAGAAGCAUUUUUCCUGAGUGACAGAACUGAACAGUAUUUUGAAGUUGAACUUUGUCCCCAUGGACAACACUUGUUGCUGCUGCUUUCUGGCAAAAGAAGAGUAUGGAAAGAAGAACUUCCUUUAGAGUUUGAGGUGACCAGAAUGAAAACCAAAUGGGAGGGUAAAGCUUAUCUUCCAUGGAAUUAUUUUCCACCAUGCACUAACAAAUUCAAUGCUUUUGCAAUUCAUGGCUCAGGAGAAGAGAGAAAAUAUGAAGCGCUUCAUCCUGUGCCUCGACAUGAACUACAGGAAGGACAGAAACCAGAUUUUCAUCGCCUGGAAUUUUUCAAAGAUUUGAACCUGAAAGGACUAAUGGGAGAAGACUGGAAGCAGCCUGAAUCAGAUAUAUGGAAGUCUCUCACUAAUUAAAUGGAUUGAGGCAUAAAUUUUUAAAGCACUAAGGUUGGAUGAAGCUGUAUGGAAAAAACUUCUUCAUUCUGAGCAGAGUUUGUAAAUAUCAGAUUACUAAGGCUUUCCUUGACACCAAAAUCAUUGAUCAAUCUUAAAAUCAACUGUAAAGUAUCUGGGCCAGUUGAUUCUGAACCUAUGAAGUAUGCAACAGCUUGUGUUUCAGUUCAUCUGGGUAUGGAGUUUUUCAUCUGUGCAAGAGAUGAACCUGCUCCUACUAAUGAAGGGGAGAAAGUGUGCUAAAAUUACAGCUGUGUUUUCAUGAGAACUCUAAGCGUGACAAGGCCAAUAUCUGGCUUGGAAUCUUUCAGUUUCCUGUACUUGCUGCAUUUCUGCUGUAUUUUGACUGCUGCUGGUUUGUUUCUUGGCUGUUGAAUGAGAUUCUUAUGUGCCUAAAUUUUUUGAUUGCUGUCAGGAGAAAGAAUGCCUCCUUCAGGAACAGAAAAGAAUAUAGCUAUCAUGGCAUUUUGUGGCCCAGUACUUGCAUUGCAAGAUGCUGUGGAGUUAUAACACUACCCUUUCCUGUGCCUUCCUAUACCUGAAGUUUUCCCUUGCACAGUGGGGGGAACUUAAUCUCUAUUACUUUAUUAGCACACCUCUCCCCUUCAAAUUCUCUGUGGAAUUUCUAGUGAUUUUUAGGUGCAGAGGAUAGAUUUACAAAAGGUUUUAUGUAUUCCAGGAAAAGUUUCUGGGACAAAUAAUGUUUAGUAUAACCUUUUGAUAUAGUUGUGUGCCUACAAAAACUCGUUUGUUCCAAGACCUUAUCACAUCACCUUAAGGAUUCAGCUCAGAUGUAUGAGAGUUUUGCUUGCAUGCCACCUAAUAUUGGAAGUACUCUAAAUGUAUGUGCCUACAUUUUAUACUUAUGGGCAUGAAUGUUUUUAACAGUACUGUUAACAUCCAACAGUAUACAUCUAACCUGUAAACUCUCACAGGAUUUACAAAUGAGAUGCUCCUUUUUUGUCUGGCAUAGUAAGUGCUGCUUGAUUGUGGCUGCUGACUUGAUCCUAUAUAAAUUAACUUAGAAAACGGGAAGCUUACCUGCUAACCAGAUCCUACAUCUGAAAAAUAGGUGACUUUAAAAUCAAACUUCUUUGGUUUAGUCCAGAACGAGGUUUCAGACCAAGACACGGUCCUCAGUCCUUUACUAGAAAGAGGACUUCCUGCAUCCUGUUGAAAUGUCAUUAUCACAGGGUAAAAGGUGGUUGUGUUCUCUACCUUUGUGAGAAGGAUUGUUUUGGGAGUCCGAGAGAAUAUGGCUCAGUCAUAACUGAGGGAGUAUCUUUCAAAAGUUAUGCCCUGAGGAUGUGGUGUUGGGUCUCAUCCUUUUGUGUAGCGUUUUCUACUGAACAAUUCAGAAUCCUACAAGUUCCUGAAAGGGACUGGUGUUCUUGUAGUCUUAACAUCCUGCUCAAAGCAGGGCUAUUGUUGAAGCUAGAUGAGUUUGCUCAGGGCCUUGUCAAGUUUUGAGUAACUCCAAAGAUGGAGCUUCAAAUGCUCUGGGUAGCCUGUUUCAAUACUCAACUAGUUCUGUUAUGAAAAUUUACCUAAUUGCCAUUUCCUGUGCUGUAACUUCUGUCCAUUGCUUUUUGUCUUUUCUCUGUGCAUCUCCAGGAAGAGUGACUUUUUCUCUCUAUAACUACCAAUUAGGUAACUGAAGAUAACUGUUAGCUCCCCAUGGAUUUCUCUAAAUGUUGUCAUUCUCAGUUUGCCUUUUCUGACUCUCAUUAGUAAGCACAUUCCACUCAGAUAAUACAACAGACAAUGUAAAAGUGUAACUUGAGUUGAAACUCGGAGACAACAAUGCUCCCAGGACUUUCCUGUUUAUUUAGCUCAUAAAUGGUUCUAAAAAUCUUCUGUGUACCUUUAGACAUCAAAAUGCCUGUAAAGUUUUGCACAAGGCUGCACUCUAAGUCGUAUUAGUAAAAGGAUUCUCUGUUCUCUUCUGAGCUUGUACGCAAUAAUAACCAUAGUCUGAUGGUCAUGUUUUCUUUGUUGUCUCUAAAUUUAACCCUACCUGUAAACUCUGCCUGAGAAGAAGAGAAGAUGGGAAUAUCCUGCCUUUGUGGAGAACAUCUCUGUGUGAUUAAUAUCUGAGAUCGAAUGUUACUUCAGAGUUUUUGGCUUUAGAUUCCCUCUUUUUACUUUCAGUUUUAUGGAACUAUACUUUCAAAUUUAAGGAUAUUAGGCUUUUUCAGAUGCAGACUUUGGCACGUCAAUGCACUGAGCCAUCCAAUUGUUUUUGCUCUCUUUUAAUUAGAUGCUAUACAUUCCUUGCUAUAAGGUGCCAUCUGUUGAAAAUUAUAAGUAUUGUACAUUCAAUUGUUUGGCUUCUUUUCUACCUUCAAUCCAUGUACAUUUUUCUAAAGGAUGACAUCAGUCUGAAAUACUGAAUAAUCCAAUAAAUAUUGAUUAAAAACAUCUUCCAGAUAGUGACAUCUCAAAGCUGCUUUUGAAAUUUCAGUCAAAAGCAAAAACCAUUUCAUUAAACUUUUAGACUUCGUUUUAAACAGUGUGUCAAAAAAGUGCAUGCAAAGGUUCAGAAUGAGUUUACUAUUUUUCUCACAAAGGUUGUUUUCACGUGAUGAAUGAUGUUUUGUAUGUAAAGGACAGUAAAUCAAAUACUUAUUCA